CCUCGAUAACGCUGGAGAGAUAACACUGGAGAAAGUUCUUUCCCGUCCGUCACCAGAAGGGGGCGGCUCGACACCAGGGCAUUGAAGCGGCCACCGGCGGUAUGGCCUCCGGAGAGGUGAUCGUCUGCAGGGGCGCAGGUGACGCGUGCGUCCGCCGGUGGAGCAACGCCUCGCACGCCGGCGACGCCUACACCAACGCCUUCAACGAGAUCUCGGGCCAGGUGCUGACGGUGGCGUACGACACGCUCAUCCCCUACGUGACGUUCGAGCGGCGCGGGGACCGGCUGGUGCUCACGGGCUACCUGGGAGAGCUGUGGACGGUCCUGCAGACCACCUUGGGUUUCAGGAGCGUGUUCGUGCGCGUCAACGGCAACGGCGCGCGCAGCAUGCUGCAGCGGGGGACGGCCGACGUGUACCUCAGCGCCACCGUCGUCACCACCGACGAGGACGACGUCUUCGACCACACGCAGCCCGUGGUCACGCACUGGUACGAGCUGUUCGCCCGCAAGGGCCUGCCGGAGGUGUCGGCCGACUCGUACGUGCGCGCCAUGACGCCCACCAUGUGGGCCCUGACGGGGCUGGCGCUCGUGGUGCUGUGCCUGGUGCUGCGCGCCAUGCUGUGGCUGCGCGCCGCCCUGGGCAUGCCGCCCGGCGUCCUGCCGCACACACUCGCCCCGGACAUGACCGUCCUGCCGCACACGGCCUCGCUGGGCAGCUGCUUCCUGUCCGUGCUCGGCGGCCUCUGCUCCCAGGGCUGGCAGGAGAGCCCCAGCUGCCUGUCGGUGCGCGUCACGGUCGUCACCACGCUCUUCUUCGGCUACCUGCUGUACAACUCGUACGCCGCCGUGCUCAUCAGCCACCUGGCCUCGGGCCACUACACGGCGCCCUUCGGCAGCCUGGACGACGUGGAGCGCAAGGGCACGCACACCCUGUGCGUGCGGAACGAGAGCUACGCCUACUUCAGCCUGCUCAAGCGCAGCGCCCAGUGGCGGCGCGUGCUCAACAGGGGCGUGUGCCGCGACGUGUCGCAGGCGGCGCGCCUGGCCGAGGCGCUGUGCGAGCACACCGAGGCCGUCGUGCUGGAGAUCCCGAGCGUGAUGGCGGCCGCCCUGGACGCCAGGCCCGAGUGCCAGGGCGACGUGCUGCGCGUCAAGACGCGCAUGCAGCGCGCCUCCGCCUCGCUGCUCUUGCGCCCGGGCUUCCCCUACGUGCAGGCCAUCGACUACAUGUGCGUCCCCGGGGCGUGUCCACAGGGCCCGGAUAAGAGAAUUAAAGUGCACGCCCUGGAAGUCUGGUAGUCUGGUAGUCUCAUUGCAUAUCCAAGGUGGCCUACGGACCCCGACCUAUUUUGUAGCUAUACUGUGCCCUGAGAAACCCCGCGCACUUCUGUAGUUUUACUACAGUACCGCACGCAGGAGUGCGGCUUGCCUAACGCCCCUGACCACAGCACUCUUCGACCCUAGCGAAUAGGCAACCCGCCCGCACGUAGGAAUACGGUACAGCAUAGCAACAGCAACAAGGUACCGCAUGCAGACGCGUGGUUGAGUUGCCUACUCGCUCAGGGCCUCAAAGACGACAAAUGGUUCGUGACGGUUGUGUGUGUAGUUCAACUACGAAAAAAAAAAGAAGACAGAACACCGUGAGUCAUCCUAUGCGCACCCAUACUAAAUGAUAACAUGUGUGAGUAUCCUCCAGGAUCACCCGGUGCCGAGCCACGGGCGUGCUGGACAGGCUGGAGAAGCAGUACCUGGACGGUCUGGCGGUGCAGAGCGCCGGCGCGACGGCGGGCCAGGACACCAGCAACACGGUCACCUCCGGCGUGCAGGUGACGCUGGAGCACGUGCGCUGGGUGCUGGCCUCGUACGCGUGCGCGCUCGCGGUGCCGCUGCUCGUCCUGGCCGUCGAGUGCCUGGUGGCCUGGAAGGCCGCGGCCUCGGCCAGGGCGCUCGCCAGGAUGCGGACGAGGCUC